GUUCUGUAAAUAAAUGAAAAAUAUUACAAAUUGUAUAAAUUGUAUUUGUAUGUAUUUCACAAAAUUCAAGUGUUUUAAGGGGGCGAAUAUUAAACGAAACGUCUGCUAUCGUUAGUUUGUUUCAGAGACGAGGCGAAUCUGAUUCCGACUUGAACUAACAGCUCUGCACGGAUCUCUCUCUCUCUCUAUUACUCCUCCAAAGUUAUCCCCCUGAUUCCCGUUUUUCUACUUGAAAUUUGCUUCUUUUCCUCUUUCCAAUUGCGUACUGAUUCGACCUACUGGUGUGGACAAAGGGAGCAAUUUCCUUGUUGAGUUGUGAUAAAGUUUGUUCCUUUUUCUUUUUGGUUGUUGGGUCCUCCUCCCUUAUCUCGCGUAGGUGCAUUGUUCGUUCGGUGAGAUCUUGAUUUUCUGGGGGGGGAGCAUAUUGCAAAAGUGAACUCUCUUAUGGCUAACAAAACGGAUCAGAGACCGGCGAAGCUCUCAGUCUACCUUUACAUUCCCAAUAUCGUUGGGUACAUGAGAGUUCUCUUGAACUGCAUUGCCUUUGCUGUGUGCUUCUCCAACAAGACCCUCUUCUCGCUCUUGUACUUUUUCAGCUUUUGUUGUGAUGCUGUCGAUGGAUGGUGCGCUCGUAAAUUCAACCAAGUUUCUACAUUUGGAGCUGUUCUGGACAUGGUUACAGACAGAGUCAGCACAGCGUGUCUUCUCGUGAUUCUCUCCCAAAUAUAUAUGCCUAGCUUGGCUUUCCUGUCACUGCUGGCCUUAGAUAUAGCUAGUCACUGGCUGCAAAUGUACAGUACAUUUCUGUCAGGGAAGACCAGCCAUAAGGAUGUGAAAGAUAGCACGAGCUGGCUGUUUAAACUCUACUAUGGAAACCGGAUGUUCAUGGGUUAUUGCUGUGUUUCCUGCGAGGUUCUUUACAUAAUCCUUCUGCUCAUAGCAAAGAACCAAACGGAAAAUCUGAUGAACGUGGUAGUUGACGCAUUGAUGCAGUAUUCACCUCUCUCUUUGCUCUUGGCUUUGAGCAUAUUUGGGUGGUCGAUCAAGCAGAUCAUCAAUGUGAUUCAGAUGAAAACGGCUGCAGAUGUUUGUGUCCUGUAUGACAUAGAGAAGCAGCAUAAGCCCUGAGGAGGAUCUUUUGAACUCUUUUUUCUUUGUUUUGUUUCAUGUGGUGUACAUAUGCAUGCAUCUGGUUUAAUGGUUUGGAUGUAGAUAAAAACUCUCGGCAUGCCUUAUGUGUUUUCUUUUAUUGUAUGAGAUGAAAGAUAUUUUGAUCCAUUCACUAAAUUUCUCAGAAGCACUUGAUAUCGUGUUA